AUGAAUUUCUAUAUGGGAGGUUCAUCUAAUAAUAAUGAUUCAAAUUCCUCUUCAUCAUCAUCAUCAGCAUCAUCAUCUUUAGUUUUUGAUGAUGAAGUUGAGAUGCAAUUGUGCAUGCAAACAAUUCACAUGAACAAUUAUGUGUUGCAGUGUUUGCAAGAAAAUCAAAAGAAUCAUCCUAUCAGAGUUGGCUCCAUUCCAGGUCAUUUGGUAAUCAAUCGAGAUUGUGAAGGAGUUGAUAAUAAUUUAUUUCUCGAUGAUUUUUCAGAUAAUCCAUGCUUUAAUGAGGGUAUGUUUCGUCGUAGAUAUCGGAUGUCCCGGAAUUUGUUCCUUCAAAUUGUUGAUGCAAUUAAAGGUCAUGAUAUGUACUUCGAACAACGCACUGAUGCGAUGGGUAGAUUUGGAUUAUCUACUCUACAAAAAAUCACAGUCGUGUUUAGAAUGUUGGCAUACAGUUUGCCAGGAAAAUUGGAGAGUCGACUGCAGUUGAAAGCAUGA